GCUGAGCCCAGGGCGGGUGCGCGCGGGGCGCAGCGACACGGAGACGAGCCCCAUGGCGCAGAAACCGCUCAGCACGGCCGCGGCCGAGCGCAGGAACCUCGUGGCCCAGGACGAGAUCUGGAAAUACCGCCUGAAAGCUGAAACUGAAGCACGGCAAAACUGGGCCCAGAAGUGGGGAUUUUUAACAACCCCCCUGGAGGAGCUGAUCAAGGGUGAAGAAGCAGACCCCACCCCACAGCCCAAAAUCGAGCUUCCCCAGCGGUUCCGCAUCCGGCCAGUGACCCCAGUGGAGAAAUACAUCAAGGUCCUUCCAUCGCCCCCAGUCCCAAAGACGACCCAGGGCUUCAUCGGCUGGAGAUCCGGGGUGCCAGGCCUGAACAAGUGUCUGGAGCACGACUAUGAGAUCAGAAGCUGCAAAGGGGCAUAUGCCAAGGAGCUGAGCUGGCCUAAGCAAGGCAUACACUGAGUGAGUCCAGACAGAGACUCCAGCCCUGGGCCGUGAGGGGCACUGCCAGGCACCUCGUGCCCAUGCCCCGGAAAGGAAGAAGUCCCAGCGUCCCCCUGAGGACAUAGCUGCCCUCCACAUUUGCUCGUGGGAUGUUGCAAAGAAGACAAAAUAGCCCCUAGACAUUUUCAAUUCAUCCAUGUCUCCCUUCUGGAAUAUUCUCAUAACACACCUUCUUGGUUAAUGCAAUGAAUUAGGCAAAAUAGAUUCUCUGAAUUUUUUUUUUUUUUGGAUACCUUGGGAACUUCUAGGUAUAGCUUUUUAAAAAAAGAAAAGAAAACAGUCAUCUCAUUUUUAAAAUAUUUGUCUAGGACCCCGCCAUGUCGCUUUCAGCCCCACCUCUCACCAUCCCCCUUGAUAAUGAGAUGUUGGUGUUUCUGUACCCAGGAUCUCCCUGGGCCUGCUUUGGAGGAGGAAUAAAGCUCUU